UAUUAAGUAAGAAGAUCGCUAAACACACCAACCGAAUUGGAUGUAUAAAUAAGGGACUGCAAUGGAUCUAUACAUCAGUUGUGCUCUGAGUCCAGCGGAGAAAGUCAAUCAAGCCAAAAUUCAAAAUGAAAUUCUUCAUUGUGAUCCUUGCAGUCGUUGCACUGGCAUACGCUAAAGAUGAUUGGGUGCCAAAGACUGAAGCAGAACUUGAUGCUAUCUCCCCGGAAUGCCUCAGGGAUUUCCCUCUUAGCAAGGAACAACUCCAAAAAUAUACGAGCUUAGUAUAUCCCGAGGAAGAGGCCAUACGCAAGUACUCGCUUUGUAUUACUAAGAAAUUGGGUUUCUUCAGCGAACAUGAGGGCUAUCAUGUCGAUCGGGUUGUUAACCAAUUCAAAAUAGAUUUGGAUGAAGCUGAGGUCGCUGCCAUCGCUGAGCGUUGCACGGACAAGAACGUCGAGGGUAGCAGCGUUCAUGUGUGGGCCUAUCGUAUUCACAAGUGUUUGAUGACCAGCAAGAUGGGUGAUCGUUUGAAAGCUCUCUACCCAGAAUAGGCGUAGAGGAA